AUGGCGGACGACUCCAAGAGCUCCAAGGCUGGAUGGUCCGAUCAGAGCUGGUAUACCCAAGUCGCGCCCCCAACACCCAGCACCACUAACUACGAACAGCUCUCCAGUCUCCUAUACCUCAUCACCAAGCAAGACGUCACCUUGAAAUGGGACGAGGGCUGCUAUCCAGCAGACCGCAACGCAAAUGGGUUCCGUCAAAAGAUCAACGCACUCAAGCGGACCUUCAAGUCCGACUGGGACGCCAUGUCGUCUGGCGCACCGGUUCCCUCGAGCACGCCCAAGAAAGCGGCGUCUGCGACUCCGCGAAAGCGCAAGAACAAGUCGGACGAGGACCUCAGCGGCGCGGAGCCCAAGCCCAAGAAGGCGCGUGGAAAGUCCAAGCCCAAGAACGCUACGCCUGAGAUGGUGGAUGAAGACGACGAGGACGAGUCCAGCGUCAAGGAGGAGAUCAAGGAGGAGCAGCUGGAUACUUUUGAUAGCUAUGUCUAG